AUGUUAAUCGAAGAACAAAAUGUCGAUCAAAUAAUUACAACAAUUCGAACACUUCAUCAAACGACUAUUGAUCAACGACAAUGUGAUUUAACUGAAUAUCUUAUUGAAUUUUUUCAAUUUAUUAAACAACAAGAACAACAAACAAAUUUAUCCAAUAUAUUUUAUUUAUUAACAAAUCUUUUACGUGAUUAUAUUGAUCGUGCUGCAUUAAAAGUUGAAUUUCUUAAAGCAAAAUGUUUAGAAACAAUUUAUGAAAUAUUAACUAAUGAAACAAAUGAUGAAAAUAAUAUUAUAUCAAUUCUUCAAUUUGUUUCUGAACUUCUUGUUAAUUCAGAAAAUAUUCAAGAACAAUUUCUUAAUUUUAAUGGUUAUGAAAAAAUAUUUCAUUUUCUUUAUCAUGUACAUACACCGACAAUGGAUUUUAUUAAUCAAUUACUUAUACUUAUGACAGAAAAAACUGUAUUACAAGUUGACGAUUCAUUGACACCUGUUGAUAUAUUUGUUCAUUUGAUUAAUCCGCAUAUAACUGUUAUUUUAAUACAUUGGAUACCAUAUUUAACCAAUACAUCUCAUCAACAUCAUAUUAUACAUUCAAUACAUAUAAUUGUAUCACGAUCAUUACAAAAUAAAAUGAUGGCUUGUUCACAUGAUAUUAUUUACUCUUUAAUUGAUAUACUUUUCUCAAUUAAAUUGCAUGAUAAAAUUUUGCUUGAUAAUAUUUUUUCAAUAUUAGAAAAAUUAGCACGUUUUUCUAUAAGUGCAAAAGAAAUUUGUCAUAUUUGUCAAUUAUUCAAUGAAAAUACGUUAUUUAAAAAACAAUUAUUACGUAUUUUAAUUACAGCAGCUAAACAUGAUGAUCCUGAUACACAAGCAAUUUCAUCAUAUUUUGAUUUACAAAGACCAAAUAGUGGCAUCAUUUUGCCAGUUAUACGUCGUUGGCCAUCAAUAUCAUCUUCAGCUUUACAUUUUUCAUUUCAUUGUUGGUUAAGACUUAAUCAUGAAAUGGACAGUUAUCCACACAAUGCUCGUCGUCAAAUUUAUUCAUUUUAUUCGGAUUCCAUUGGUCUUGAAUCUUUCAUACAUAACUCAUCAAUAUAUAUAUUAGUUAAUGAUCGUCGUGAGCUUGCUUAUAUGGAAAUAAAUGAAUGCGAUGAAUUAAUGGAUGGUUAUUGGCAUUCAUUAACAAUUAUUCAUACAGCACAACGACCAUCAUUAUUUGUUGCUGCAUUUCAAGCAGUAUCAACAUGUCAUUUAGCAGUCUAUAUUGAUGGUUUAUUAAAAAAACAAACAAAAGAUUUUAAAUAUGUACCUUUAAUCAAUGAUCCAAUAAGUCUAGCUUCAGUUGGUGCAUCUAGCCAACGACCACGUUUAGCAGCAAUGAAUACAAAAAAUGAUUCAUUACCUAUAUCAACAACCAUUGCUAAAACAAUGAAACCAAUUAAAGGUUUAUUUUCACCAAAACCUAAAACUCCUAGUCAAUCUCGAAUAAAUCCAUUACUUCAUGCACAAAAUAUUACAAUAACUGAACCUAAUAGUCAAGAUACUAUUUUUGGAGAAUCAACUAGUUUACAUGGACAAUUAGCUUGUAUUUGGAUUUUAGCGGAAACAUUGAAUGAAGCACAAGUUAAGCAUUUACAUUCAAUGGGUGCCGAUUUUUGUAAUCAACAUCAUCCAAUAACAAGUGGUGAUACUACCAUGUCUUCAACCAUACUCGAUCUACUUUCUACUCGUUCUCUUCUUGUUUAUCAUCCACUAGCAUGUAAUGGUCAAAUUUGUAUUGAUAUAUCAGGUUGUACAUCUCAAAUGAAUGGUCGACUUAAUAAUGGUUCAUGUUUACGUCUUCGUUCAUUUUCUGAAUCAUUAUUAAGUUUAGGUGGUUGUCCCGUACUUUAUCCAUUGUUUGAAAAAUUUCAAGAAACUGAUUGUUUUUAUGCUAUGGAAUCCGAUAAUGCAUCAUCAUCAUCAUCAUCAAAUAAUUGGGAAUCACCAACUGAUUGGAUUAUUGUUCGUAAAGAAUCACAAAAAAAUUUAUCUGAUAUAGAUAAUCGUUUAAUUUCAAAUCCUAUAGCAUCAAUUAUAAAUUUACUUCGUUGUGUUUUGUCAUCAAGAUCAAUGAUAAUUUUAACUGAACAAAUGACAAAACAUUAUAAUGUUGAAUUAUUAGGACAACAUUUAAAUCGUAUAUCAUCAUUGUUUAUUGAUCAACAAUUACUUAUUGCUAUUCAACAAUUAAUUGAAUGUAGUCGAUUAAAUAAAUCAUCUUAUUUAUUAACAAAUCAAUUUAUUCAAUAUAUUUUACUUGAUUUUGGUUUAUGGAAUAAAGCUAAAUAUGAUGUACGAAUAACACAUUUACAAUAUAUUGCAGCUGUUAUAAAAGAUGAAAAAAAAUAUUAUCGAACAAAAUUUGGUGUACAAUAUUUUUUAGAUAUUAUUCGACAACAUUUUCAUACUCCAGAAGAAGAUACUGAUGAGCAAAAAAACUUACGUAGUGCUAUCUAUGGUAUUAUAAAAUAUUUUGUCCAACGUCAUAUACGUAUUGAAGAACUUAAUGCUUUACUUAGUUCAAUAUCAAAUUUAUCAAAAUCAAAUGAUAUUAUAACACAAGAAUUACUUGAUUUCAUUCUUGCAUUAAUCGAUCCACCAUCAACAUCAACAGAUACAACAAUAGGACUUCUUUGUGAACCAAAUAUGACUGAAAGUCUUUAUACUUUAUUAACAUUUAGUAAUUUAACAAGUAAAACAAAAGAAAUCGCAUUAAAAAUUAUUAAAUGUCUGGUGACAUCACGACGUGUACCACAACAAGUACGAACACAAUUAAGAUUAGAAACAAAUCAUAUUGGAUUUGGUGGAAUUACAUCAGAUUUAACACCUGAAGAAUUAACUGUAUCAAUGAUACGAGAAAUUCUUAAUUUAAUAAUUAAUUCUGAUUCAUCAAUUGAUGUUGAUCAACUUAAUAUUGUAUUAAUACUUUGUAGUGCUGCUUCACUUGAUGUUCGUUAUGUUGCUAUGCGUAAAUUAUUGACAUGUUUUAUUCAACAUCCAUCAGUAUGUCAGUCAUAUGCUAAAUGUCAUGGUUGGCAAGAAACCUUAGCACAUUUUUUUGUUAAAUCUCGUCGUUCAAUAUCAAUGCAAUUAUCUCAAUAUUUAACAUCAUCAAACGUAUCAAAUGACGUUCCUACAACAAGUACAGCAGAUCAAAAUGUUGAUUCUAGUAGAAAAAAUUCUAACGACGCAAUUAUUGAUAGUAGUAAUCGUCGUGCUUCAUUAAUGCCACCACAAAUAUCUGAAACAUUAUUAAGUCCACAAUAUUUAACACAAGAAAGAUUUACACAACAACUUGAUUUAUCACCAUCUAUAGAUGAAAAUACUCUUAUAAAUUUCUCUAAAAGAUUUGCAUCACCAAGACCAUCAAUAGCAUCCGAUUCAGCUUUUACAACUACGAGUGCUCUUAGUGAUAAUAAAGAAACAACACCAGAAUUUUUUCGAGGACUUAGUGAUGAUUUUCAACAAAAUACAAUUGGAACAAGAAUGUCAUCAUUAAGAUUAUCUUCAACUAGUCAUGAAGAUCUUAUUUCAUUAGCGAAAAAAGAAAAUUCAACUGAUGAUUUUACUUCAAUGGCUGAUAGCAGUGGUAGUCUAUGUCAAUUACCAAGAACAAUUACUAUUACAAGUAUAAAACAUCUUUAUAGUGAUGAAGAAAACAAUUUGCAGUCUGGACGACUUGGUCCCGAAGUUAGGCAGAUUUUAGGUUGGCUAAUUGGUGUAACAAGUACAGAAGAUGUAUCAUUUUUUGUUCCGUCACCAACUAGUCCAGAAGAUGGUGGUCUCCUUGAAGAACUUUGCGAAACACUUAUAUUAACAAUAGUUAUGGUUUUAUGGAAAGGUAUAACUGGUUCUGAUGAUGAAGCUUGGAUGAUUCGUAGUCAAAUUUUUUCAGCACUACGUUAUCUUCAUCGCGAUUAUGAAUUUUAUUUACCAAUAGUUUAUAUUGAACGACGUAUACUUGAAUUAAGCAUGGAAACAUGUUUAAAUGAUCUCAAAUCAAGUGGAGCAUAUCAAGGUUAUGACCGUCUAUAUCGACGGCGUAUGAGCCAAAUACGCAAAACAACAUCAAUUUAUGAAAAUAAUUGUCGUGAAUUAAUUAAAAUUGUUGAUGAUUUUCUUUCACAAACAACAAAUGUUAAUGAUCGAAUUACAGAAAAUUUCAUUAAUGGAAUUCUUCCAAUAUUAGAUACGAUGCUUAUAUGUGAAGAAAAUGGUACUGGUGAUCAAUCAGAAUCAACACUUGUUUCACAUGAUGAACAUUGGACUGAAACAUCAUUAACUGGUCUUAAUAUUCUUUUAAAUCUUCUUGCUCAUUCAAAUAUAUCAUAUUCUGGUCCAGCAUCUGUUCGUAUACAUUCAUUAUUACAUAGUCGUCCUUUAAAUGGACGUGAAGAAGCUGCAUAUUUAUUAUCUAAUGUAAAUAAAAUCUUUUCAUCAAUAUCAGAAGAUGAAGAUGGUGAACAUUUUGGAUAUUUAAUACCAAUAAUGAAAACAAUUAUUGAUAAAUCUUAUGAAAUUCUUCAAAUGAAUGUACAAAUACCAAAUGUACCAUUACGUAAAGCAACAUCAACAGCAUUAGAUGAUUUUCGUCAAUAUUGCUCAUCAUCGGAUAGUCAAGAAUGGCAAAUGUUUAUUCAACGACAUGUUGAACCACUUGCUGAACAUUAUCGUUCAAUGUCUAUAAAGCCAUUUCAUAUGAAUAUGACACUAUGGUGGAAUAAUUGUCAUGAAAUGAUGAUGAUUGGUAUACAUAAACGAAAUAGACAAAUCGGUGAAGAAAAAUUAAAAUUUCAAGCUCAUAUUGUUGAACAGUGGCAUCAACGUCGUCGUUCUGAUCAACAACGUAUUUUAAAAUUAGCUAAACAACGUCGUAUACAUCAAAUAUAUGUUGAACAAGAAUGGCAAAAUCGAGAAAAAUAUAUAUAUGGUGAACGUGGGCCAUGGUGGAAUGAACAAAAUAGUAAAGAACGUCAUUGGAAAUUAUCUGAUCGUGAAAAUAUUCAUCGUAUGAGAUGUAAACUUAUUGAAAAUAAUGAUUUUAAUAAACAUGAUGAAGCAAGUCGUUUAAGAGAUAAUUUAGGCGUUGAUUCAAUGGAUGAAUCACGUCAAUCGUUACUUGAAGAAAGUUUGAAAAAUAAACAUUUAUUAAUUCAACAGGAAAUUUUACAUGGAAAUUCGUUUGAUGAACAAGAACUUCUAGAUAUUGCAAAUGAAACUCAAGCAUUAUUACUUGAAGAAAAAGAAAAAAUGAUUAUUGGUACACAAUGUUCAUUAAUAACUUCAACAUCAGUAACAGAUGGUAAACUUGAAAUAACAAAUCGAUAUAUUUAUUUUUUUGAUUCAACACCACAAAAAUCUUGUGAAAAAGAUUUUAAAUAUCCAUUAUUAUGGUUACAAGAUGUACAUUUACGUCGUUAUAAUUUACGUCCAUCAGCAUUAGAAUUUUUUCUUCUUAAUCAAACAAAUUUUUUAAUCAAUUUUGAUAAAAAAUUACGACGACAAAUUUAUCAAAAAAUCGUGUCAUUAAAAUUACCUGGAAUGAAAAGUGUCUUUUCCAAUUUAUCGGUAUCAAUAACACCACAAGAAAUUUUAAAAGAAUCAAAAUUAACUGAAAAAUGGGUUACAAGAGAAAUAUCAAAUUUUGAAUAUUUAAUGAUGUUAAAUACAAUUGCAGGACGAACAUAUAAUGAUCUUAAUCAAUAUCCUAUUUUUCCUUGGAUAUUAACAGAUUAUACUUCGGAAGUAUUAGAUAUUAAUGAUCCAAAUAUUUUUAGAGAUUUUUCUAAACCCAUUGGUAUACAAAAUCCAACACAUAUUGAAGAAGUUAGACUAAAAUAUGAAUCAUUCGAUGAUCCAACUGGUAUAAUGAAAAAAUUUCAUUAUGGUACACAUUAUUCAAAUGCUGCAAGUGUUAUGCAUUAUCUUAUUCGAAUGGAGCCUUUUACAACAUUACAUAUUCAAUUACAAAGUGGAAAAUUUGAUAUAGCAGAUCGUCAAUUUCAUUCAUUUCAAUCUGCAUGGUUAAAUAUAAUGGAUUCUCCAAAUGAAGUUAAAGAAUUAAUUCCAGAAUUUUUUUAUUUACCAGAAUUUCUUGUUAAUUCAAAUAAAUUCGAUUUAGGUAAACUUCAAAUUAGUAAUCAAAUAAUAAAUGAUGUUCAAUUACCACCAUGGGCUCACAAUUCACCCGAAGAAUUUAUUCGUAUUCAUCGUUUAGCACUUGAAUCGGAUUAUGUAUCAUCUCAUUUGCAUGAAUGGAUUGAUCUUAUAUUCGGUUAUAAACAAACAGGUCAAGCUGCUAUUGAUGCACUUAAUGUAUUUAUGUAUUGUUCAUACGAGAAAGCUGUAGAUGUUGAUGCUAUUGAUGAUCCAGUAACACGUGAAGCAGUCGAAGGUAUGAUACAAAAUUUUGGACAAAUUCCAUCUCAACUUUUAACUGAACCUCAUCCACAACGGCAAACAAGUGAACAAGCAGCAUUGGAAAUUGAAUCACAAGGGCGUGCUUUAAAUAUAUUUCAAAAUUUAACACAUAUACGAGCUUUUUUUGUUGAAAUAACACCGGCAAAUGAUAAAUUAUGCGAUCCAAUAACAUUUAUUUCUAUACCAAAAAAUCAAGUUCGAUCAUUUAUGCAACAAGGAAUUCCUGAUACACUUAUUACUGUUAGUGUUAGUGGUGUUAUUGGAAAUAAUGGUUGGCAGCCAUAUGAUAAAUCUUUGAGUAACUUUUUUACAUUUGAACGAGAUCCAACAUUACAAACUGAACGUAAUCGACAUAUCAUUGCUGCUCCAUUUUCUCCAUCAUUAGAAAUAAAGUCUCAUUUAUUUGCUGUUUCUCAUGAUGCAAAAUUUGUUUUUAGUGGUGGUCAUUGGGAUUGGUCAUUACGUGUUUAUUCUUUACUUAAAUCUAAAAUGACAAGUUCAUUAAUUCAUCAUACUGAUAUAAUAACAUGUUUAACACUUGAUUCAACUGGAUAUAUUCUUGUGACUGGUUCACGUGAUACCACUUGUGUUAUUUGGAACAUAUCCUUACAAGAUGAUCAUCAUUUAAAUAAUCUAAAUGAUCAAGAAUCUAAUUCAUUUCUUACACCUGAUAUUACACUUUAUGGUCAUACAUCUGAGGUAACAUGUAUUUGUGUAUCAACUGAACUUGAUCUUGUUGUAUCAGGUUCAUUAGAUGGUACUUGCAAUAUUCAUACAGUUGAACAUGGAAUUUAUAUACGAACAUUACGACCAAUUGGUGAUCGAAUUGUUAAUUUACAAUUAUCAAAUGAAAGACAUAUACUUAUUCAAACAGAAAAAGAUGAUACACAUUUAUUUUUAUAUUCAAUAAAUGGUAGUUUGAUUCGAACAAGAAGAUUAGAAUAUAAAAUUGUUGAUAUGCUUUUAAGUGAUCAACAUAUUGUACUUGCUGUUAAUCAUGUCCCAUUAUUACAACAAACAAAUGACACAACGAAUAAAGAAUCAACAAGUUUAAUAGCCGCAAGAAUUGUUAUUAAAGAUAUGUUUGAUAUGAAAACAAUUCAAACAAUUCGUCUUCGUACACAUAUCAAUUGUCUUUAUUUUACAAAAGAUUUUAGUCAUUUACUUGUUGGUGUUAAAGAUGGAAAACUAAUUGUAUUAACAGCUGAAAAGAAAUCUUUAACAAAAAAUGUUACUAAAAAUAAUUAA